AUGCCCUCCUUCAAGCCAGUCGUUGGUGCUGGUAUCUUUAUCCCGCUCUUUGGAGCAGCCAUUUGGUUGAUAUAUGGCCAACUCAUCGCCGCGGACGCUCUGGACGUUCUAUUUCAUCCGCCUGAAUGUCCAAACCCACCAAAAUAUCUCUCCGAAUCCCAACUUCGGUAUACUGGCAUUCCGGCUCUGGACCAACAACUCUGUGUCGGCGUCGAGUUUAUGAAACUCUCCCUGUUCCGCCAUCUCCAACCCUUUACGAUAUAUUUGCUAUCGUGCAUCUCACCAGCGUUCCUAACGCUUUGCAUUGAAGCCCUGCGGGCGGACGGACCCGGCCAAUGGUUUUCAACCCUCGGCCUUGUUUUCAGUGCUAGUGCCGCUGGACUCGCUAUGCCUGCAGCAUGGCUAUUCAUGCUCGUCAUCUUCCAACGGGAACCCAAGAAGCCCCUGAGCCGCCCAGCUGCAGAAGCCGCAUUCAUCGCGCACGUCUUUGGGUAUCUGUUGCCCUACUGCGUGAUGGUGGUGACUAUGAAUGAGUACGCCAUACUGAUGUGGACCUUCUUCAUCUUCUGGGUACCCAUCAUUCAAAGGCUAUGGCUCAACAUUCGGCCACCCACCACAGAAUCUGGCUUUGGAUUACUCAGCUGGCCUUGGGCACGACGUUUAUGCUAUGCCCCAAGGACCACUUGGGACAGCUUUGUUCAGUGGCUGCCAGCCACGACAACCGGGGAUGCUAGAACGAUGACGUCGGAGAGCAUCCUACUGCAGCUCCUUCAAUGGGACUGGGUAUUUGCAGUCAUCCCUCCCAUCGUCGCCGCCUUUUUCUACAUUGACUCCUCGAGCGAGCUCCUGGGAUUCGCAAUGAUUGCACCCAUGCUCUUGCCACUCGCUGGCCCAGGAGCUCUCAUUGCCCUGAGUUGGAUGUGGAGAGAAUGGAAGUUGGCGAUGUUGCAAGAAGCAGAAUUGGAGGAGAGACGCCAGGUCAAGGAACAGAAGCAAGAGUGA